AUAUGUAUUGUAGUGUAGUGGAGCUGCCGCUGCCGUGCUAUAGCGUAGAGCUAGUGAAUACAAGUUUCUUGUUCUGUUCUGAUGGGAAUAUAUAUUUGUUUGCUUGGUCUUAGAAUAUAUCUAGCAAAGUACCUAUUAAUUCGGUGUAUUCGAAAACGAAAUCAAUACUUAUAUUGUUUUUGUAGUGGUUAUAAAACAAUUCAUCGAAUAUUACAAAGCAACAAAACGGUAAAAUGGAAGAAUUAAAUACCUCUUUGCUUCAAUACAAGGACCAGCUCAAGAUGGUCACAGAAGCUCUUCAAAGAGUAGAAGAUAAUCCCGAACGUGAAUCACUUCUUGAGUUGCAAUCAGAAUUACAGCAACUCAUUCAACUGACACAAGAAAGUUUGGAUGCUACAAGUAUGAAAAUAUCUAAUGUAAAUACAACUUCAAUGGGAACUAAUUCUACAAAUGGAGAUAAAAGUGAAUUAGAUGAUGAAUAUGCUUUAUUCAUGCAAGAAAUGACAAAGUCUGGAGCAUAUGAGUCUGGAAAUCAUGAGAAACCAGGAUGUUCUAAAAGUGACAACCACACUCAAAGCAGUCAAGAUGAUGAUAGUGAUAUUGAGGAUGAGCUAGCUACAUUAUUGGGUAUGAAGUGUGCGGUCUACCACACUCACAAGUGGGGUGGCCAGCCGAGCUUGCACAAUGCAAUGGUUAGUGCUGUAGUGCCACGCCAGGAUGAUGAUCAGUUCAAAGAUCUUCAGGUACGGGUGCUUUUUACUCACCCUACCCAUACAGAGAUGCUGCCCUGUCCCUUCUAUCUGGAUGGUGAAUGCAAAUUUGAUGAUGAAAAAUGUAGGUAUUCACAUGGUGCUAUUGUACCAUUAUCAAAUCUAAAAGAAGCUACAGAUCCCAAUUUUGAUAGUAUUAAAAUUGGUAGUAGAAUUCUUCUGAAAUUAAAACCACCAGAUGAUGAAGAUAUAAGUUUAACUAAAAGGACCACAGAAAUGUACCAUUUAUGGCAUAGAGCUAUAGUAAAACACGUCGACUUUGAGAAACGGAUCUGUGUAGCAAAGUUAGAACAUGGAGCCAAGUCAGGAGACAAAAGGAAGUCCUCUUCAGAUGAGCUCCAUGUCAGCUUCGAAGAAUUGUUUCCUCUAACCACGGAAGGUGAGCAAGACUCGGACAGCGAUGACAGUAUCAGCGACACAGAGUAUCCCGAGAGUAAAACAAUGCGCUCGGAGGAGUUCGACGCAAGUGCACUUCUGGUAGAGAGGAGUCUGGAGAUCAACGGCCCGACCAUGGGCGAGUGGGAGCGACACACCAGAGGUAUCGGGUCGAAGCUGAUGCUGGCGAUGGGCUACGUGCCGGGGCGGGGGCUGGGCGCGGCAGGCGCGGGCCGCGUGCUGCCGGUGGAGGCGCGCCGCGUGCCCGCCGGCGCCAGCCUCGACCGCUGCAUGGCUCUCGCCGAUCGGGCCCAGGAGCAAGAUCCGCUCAAGGUUGAGCAAAAACUGAAACGACUACAAAAGAAAGAAGAGGAGCGAAAUAAAAGAGCUUACGAGCGCGAAAAAGAGAAAGAAAAAAGAAAUGUCUUUAAUUUUCUCAAUAGGACCCUGGGAGACAGAGAAAACGAAGACACUUCUAUCUCGCCUACAGUAGGCAUUAAACAAUCAACUAGCAAAGACCUAAAUAUAGAACAAUUUAAAAUAACAGAAGACACCAGAAGGUUGGAAAAGGAAAUACUGAAGCUAAACGCCUCACUAGUACGACACGCCGCUGGCUCUAAUGGCCACAGAAACAUUAAUUUGCAAAUUCUAGAGAAAAACAAGGAGCUUAGUGCUCUUAGAAAUAAAGAACACCUUAUAUCCAAAGAACAGAGAAAUAGAAAAGAUAAACAAAAGAUGACAGUUUUUUAACAGUUACUGCUCAUAGUAAACAUUGUAUUAGCUGAAAGAUAAUUCUAAUAAAAGAAAAGUAUUAUGUUAGGUAAGUAUUUUAUUUGCAUUUCAUAUUAGUACUACCAGUACACUAUUUCACAAAUUAAGUUCCAGACAAGAGUUUUACAAAAUGGUUCGAGACUUGAUAACUGGCUUUUUUGGUCUAGGAAAUAAUGAAACACUUAAUAAUUACAAAUUUAUCUAUUUACAUAUUGUGAAGGAUUUCGUUUAAAAUAAGCGUACAUGGCAUAAAAUACAAUUGAUAUACGAAAUAUUUUUUCUAUAAAUUAGAUAUUUAUUUGUACUAUCAAACAAUUACAAAGUACUUAGAUAAUGUUAAUAGCUAGUGUGACUAGCAAAUAAAAUUUGCUGAAUUAAAUAAAAAAAUGUAAUAGUUUUAGCGACAGUGGGUCAAUCGUUAUUAAAAUCUAUAUUGUCUAAA